AACACGCUGAAGGUUAGGGCUCCACACCGGAGGCAGAAUGGGCUCACUUCUGAAACACAUCCGCGGCGCACUCACCAUAUGACAGGAUGCAUAUCGCUGACUUUGUGUCUGGAUCGGUUGCAGGAGCAUGUGGAGUUGCAGUGGGCUACCCUCUGGACACUGUAAAGGUCCGGAUCCAAACCCAGAAACAGUUCACUGGGAUAUGGCAGUGUGUGGUGACAACAUUUUCAAAAGAAGGGGUGCAUGGCUUCUUCAAAGGCAUGACCUUGCCCGUCACCACGAUCGCUUUGACUUCCUCGGUGGUGUUCGGCACAUACAGGAAUUGCCUACAAUGCAUGACUCAGGCGCGUGGAGCUGGUCCGAGCACAAAACUAGAAGUCUUCCUGUCGGGUGGGAUGGCGGGGAUGACUCAGACAUCAAUGAUGUCUCCAGGUGACAUAGUGAAAGUGCGCCUGCAGUGUCAGACGGAGUCCAUGCGAGGAGGAACCAGCAUGCGCAAACCCAAGUACCGAGGUCCAGUUCACUGUCUGCUCACCAUUAUCAAAGAGGAGGGGUUCAGGGGCCUCUACAGAGGAGCGCUUCCGCUUAUGCUGAGAGAUGGGCCGUCGUACGCCACGUACUUUCUGACUUACACCACCCUCUGUGAAUUGCUGACGGACAGCGGCCAGAAAAGACCAAGUCUCAGUGUGGUGAUGCUGGCCGGUGGAAUAGCGGGAACGGUCGGCUGGUCCAUAGCGACCCCCAUGGACGUGAUCAAAGCCCGUCUGCAGAUGGACGGAGCGCAGGAGACGAGGCGGUACAGGGGUUUCUUUCACUGCUUCACUGAGACGGUGAGGGUGGAGGGUACCAGGGUGUUCUUCAAGAGCUUAGGCAUCAACUGUUUGCGCGCGUUCCCCGUCAACAUGGUGGUGUUUGUUACAUACGAGAGUCUCACCAGCUUUCUCCGAGACGGACCUGACAGUACCGACCCUCCUCGUUUAGUGUUGGAAUAGCAUGCACUGACUCCAUUCUC